UCUAACUGCUCUACCAGUUCGGACAUUGAGUGACUCAGUGCUGGGCUUAGAAUAGCCAGUCCUGUUUUGAAUCCCCGCCCCAAAUAGCUCCGCUCCGCUAGCCAAGAACUCUUCCGGACUCGGUCCUUCAGAUCAGAGGGACUCAAGCUUAUCUCCUGCUAUCCAGCCAGGUCAGCAGCCCGCUUAACCCUUGCCUUUCGGCCCUACCUUCCCCAGGUGUCCUGCCCGUCGCAGCUUCCAAAAGAUCCCCUAGCACACCUGAGCAGAAUAAGGAGAAGGCUCUUCGUCUACCCCCAGAGAAAUGCUCCUACUUUUGUCACUCUUCGGCUGGGUGUUCUGUUGCCAGGGAGCAGUGGAAGGUUCUCAGAGCUUCCUCAUCCUCCAGAUUUCUCACUUCUUGGACCCAUUCUCAGUACAGUUCUGGGGCAAUGCCUCUCUAGCAGGAUUGACCACCCACACUCUGGAGGGCAGCAAUCACAACAUUACCAUCCAACAGCUGAAGCCUCUGGAGUCCCGUGAGGACUGGCAGCAGACUAAGGAGCACCUGUUAACGUACCUUAGUGAAUUCCAAGCUUUAGUACAACUGGUAAACAAGGAACGAAGAGUGACUUUCCCACUGACCCUGCGCUGCUCUCUGGGCUGUGAGUUGCCCCCUGAAAGCCAAGAUGCCCACGUCUUCUUUGAGGUGGCCCUGAAUGGGAGCUCCUUUGUGAGCUUCCAGCCAGAGAAGGCCCUGUGGUCAGCAUGCCCAGACCAGGGCCACCCCCCAGAGCUGUACAACUUCGCCCUGAAGCAGCUAAACAACUAUAACCGAACCAGGUUCGAGCUUCUGGAAUUCUUACAGGACACAUGUGUGAGUUUCCUGAAACAGCACAUGGACAGGGUCUCAGGAUCAGUCUCCCAGGUUCCUCGAUCCUACACAAUGCUGAUCCUGGGCAUCAUCAUGGGUGUCUUUACUAUCUCCAGUGUGGCUGUUGGCAUCUUCCUAUGCACAGGGGGAAGGUGGAGUUAAUCUUACUCCUUGCUCCAAAGCAGGGCUGGUCAUCCCAGUUCAGAAAACCAUCUGAGACCAAGGCUCUUUGGAUCCAAGAAGGAGUGGUGGACAUUGUUCUCCUCUGGCUCCCUUGCUCUUCCACCAUAGAUUUUGGCCUCAGGAACUCUGUGGAUGUUUCAGUUGAGGUUCCUACCCUAAGAGAGAUGUAGCUCCAUGGGUGUAUCUAAGAACAACAACAUUAAAACAGACCCCCAACAUGAUAAAUAGUUGGGAUCCUGGAGGUGUACAGUUUAAGAAGGGUAAGGUCAUGGCAUUUAGAACUUGAGCAAAUUUAGAGAUUACCUAGUCCUCAUUUUACAGAUGAAAAAAUGGAGAUCCUGAGAGAUUUAAGAAAUUUGCCCAAGCUCAAAAAGACAAUAGGUAGAAGAUAAAUGGGGUUCCAAACUUAAUGUUCUUUUUGCUAUCCCAUGAUGUCAUAGGAAUAAUAUGGUAAUAUUUCCUCUGAAGCGAGGGUAUAAUGAUGGAAUCAUGACAUCAAGAACCAUUAGAAUAAUUGUGGACCAAUGGAUUGGGAUUCCAGGCAGGAAUCACUUCUCAGGUAGAUGAGAUUUGAAAGGCUCUAUCUGUCACAAUGACAGAACCUUACUACUCGCUGCCCUCUCCUCCAGCUCCCAACAUGCAGUGACUGAAGUAACCAAUGGCCCCCUCCUAUAUCAGGGACAAGUGACAUCUAAACUUACCUCCUUUUCUCUUGGAAAAUUCUAUUAGGAGUUCCAUUUCUACCAGUUUCUACCAGGGGAUUAGAACAGAGAUUAGAACACUCUUGAAAGGGAGAAAAUGAGUGCAUGUUUGGGAAGGGUGAGGGUCUCAAUCCCCCUACCAUCAUCACUGGGGAUCUACAGCCUAGGAGAUUCAAAUCCUGGUUCUGCCACUGAUUUAUGUGAGCUGACCCCUCCAUUUCUCUGGCCCUUAGUUUACUUAUGUUCAAAACAUGGAUAAUACUUGCUUUACCUACCUCACAAGGCUGUUGUGAGGAUUUUAUUAGAUGGCAUUAUCUGUAAAAAUACUUAAUCAGA